AUGCCUCGCUACAAGGGAGACGUCGCACGUCGCAGCGAUGAGAAGUGUGACAAGUCAGCCGUCGUCGCCCCUAUAGCUACUCUUUUGUGUGUUCAGCAUCUUGUCACUUACGGCGUUGCAAGGGAGAGAGCAUCGUGUUGGCGCCAGAGUCCUGACAAUGACAACGGCCGGUACGGUGACGAAAUGGGCAGCAGCAGCGAGCGUCGCAGAAAAAUGGGAGAUGAAAUGUCAGCAAGACGGCUGCAGGGCCGACUACAUGGCUUGUGGGACGCCAAACUCACCUCCGGCUCCUCUAAACGUCGGUAUUCCACUAGCAGCGCUCAAGCCCGCCCCAGCAAGAAGGAUGGGAUGACGAGCUUGACUUCACCUUGGGAGUAUGAGAAGGAUUCUGCUGGCAAGCGUCUGCACGGUAGUUCAGAGCGGAAGGGCCCGCACUCCGGAGCUUCUGAGCGGCGUCGGUUGAUCGGAGCCGCUGGACGUCGGUAG